AUGUAAGAAACAAACGACUCCAAUAUGGCGAAUGUGAGGGACAGUGAUACGUCGUUGUGGCUUCAUAACAAGCUCGGAACGUCAAAUGAUAGCUGGACUGGAAGCUCGAUUUGUUCACAACUUAACGCAGAAGUAUUGCGGAACAUCAAAGACUGUUUUCCAGAUCUUCAGACGCAAGUUAAACUCAAAUUACUUCUUUCGUUUUUCCACAUACCGAGACGGAAUGUCGAAGAGUGGCGUGUUGAAUUGGAAGAAAUCAUUGAGGUGGCAUCGUUGGAUAGCGAGCUAUGGGUAUCGAUGUUAUCCGAAGCGAUGAAGACCUUUCCAUCAACAGGUUCUUUGAAUACAGACAUCACUGAUUUAGAUGAGCACCGACCUAUUUUUGGAGAGUUGGUCAACGAUCUCCGAAAACUUUUGAAAAAACAAAAUGAUCCUGCUAUGCUUCCGUUAGAAUGUCAUUACCUUAAUAAGACUGCGCUUACCUCGGUUGUCGGUCAGCAACCGGCACCGGUUAAGCAUUUCACCUUAAAAAGAAAACCAAAAAGUGCUGCACUGAGGGCAGAGCUGCUUCAAAAGAGUACAGACGCGGCGAGUAAUUUGAAAAAAAGUACUGCUCCUACAGUGCCUGUAAGAAGCAGAGGAAUGCCGAGAAAAAUGACAGACACAACACCUCUAAAAGGCAUUCCGAGCAAAGUGCCGACAAGUGGUUUUCGAUCUCCCUCCCUCACGAGUUCUUCAAUGUCCAAUAGAACACCCCUUAGUAGUAGAAUCCGUAAGGAUGGUGGAAUUAAACUGUUAGAUAUUAACGAGCAACCGCUCGGAUAUGCUCAAGCAAAGAAACGAAAGAGAAUGAUGGAAUUGGAAGAACAGCAGAAGAAAGUUGCGGAAGCUCAAGCAGCUGCUGCUGCUGCAGCAUCAACAACGACAACUACCACGGAAACAUCAACAACACCGGAAUAUGCUCAGGGAUUAGCUGCGAUCAAUCCACCAGCUACCCCAAUUACCCCUGUUGCAUCUGUACAGUCUUACGCAACACCCACUACUCCGAGUGGAGUAUCUGCAGUAACUACACCACAAACCCCUGCAGCGCCAAGUACACCUACAACUCCAACUGCAGUACUACCGGUCGCAACACCAACGGUCAUUACGCCGGUAGAAACUGCACCUGUUGGUGUGCAAACAGUCAGACCAGCUCAAACCAUCACACAGAUUCGUAUACAAACUACCGCACAACCUGCUAACGCGGCUGCGAAUACAAGAAAGGGACUGUCUCUUACGCGAGAACAAAUGUUAGAAGCGCAAGAAAUGUUUAGAACAGCUAAUAAAGUAACUCGGCCAGAGAAAGCUCUCAUUCUAGGUUUUAUGGCUGGUUCUAGGGACAAUCCUUGUCCAAAAUUGGGCAAUAUAGUCACAGUAAUGCUCUCAGAAAAUAUCGAAGAGGUGACACAGCCGGACGGAACAACUGUACCGAUGUUGGUUGAAACGCAUUUCCAAAUGAAUUACACAAAUGGCGAAUGGAAAAGGAUAAAGAAGAAUCGACGAAUCGUUACAGAGGAAUCUACGUCUGCUGCGACACCUGCACCUAGCGCAACUGCUACGGCUUCCAAUUAAAAUUUAAAAAUUUAAAAAAAGAAAAAGGAAGAAACAGAUUGUUGAAUCGGGGUUACAUAGGUAAAACAUUCUGUUCUUGUUUGGAUGUUUAAAUUCUUCAAACUCUGUCUUUGUAGACAACGAAGGAAUCGAGUGCAUGAAAGCACAGUGAGCCGUGUGACCUGUACGUUACGAGCAGACUUGUGUAUCAUGUUUUUGUAGUAAAGCUUCGAAGUAUGCACACGUUAAAUGUUCUAAUAUGAGAAACGUUUGCAUUAAGAACCAAGACGAUUAAGGAGCGGUUAAGCGACAGACACGAUAUAUUUUUUAUCGGAAAUAAUUGCCUAACAUCACAUUUAACAAAGUUCAAUUACUAUGGAAGCAUAAAUCUGUCUCUAACGGUGUGUCUGGUUUCGCCAACGAUGAACAAAUUUUUCAAAUUAGUUGUCGUUCGAUUAGAAAGACAAAUGCUAUUUACGAAUAUGUAGUGUGAUAUCUUCCAUUGUAGGGAAAA